AUGCACGCAGUGCGCGUCGCCGUUAAUUAUUACUGAUAUAUGCAGCCUCAUACACGAGAAUCAGAGGUCAUGCCUGUGCAUCUGCUUUUUAUCGAACAUGUCUGAGAGAAAAGUGUCUGGGUCGCUCAGUCGAUCUGCCAGAGGAGCCACGCCCCGCCUGCAAGACUUGGGGACCACGCCCGAAUCCCCUCGAACACCGCCUUUCCUUCGAUCGACUUCAUCUUAUUUCGGUUCUCCCGGUGCAGGUUCCCGAGGGGAGGAAGAAUAUAUUGUAAUUGAAGCAGGUGCUCGGUUCCUGCGUGGAGGGUUUCCUGGAGAGAGUACACCUCGUUGCACACUCUCAUUCGGCCCUGACGACCAACGGCGUGCGGGCGAUUACCGGCCAUGGGAUCCUGAAUAUAAUCAAAGACGGCGGAAGAGGAAGCGCGGCGAAGAAUGGGGGGAAGAUCACGAGCUGUACAGAACGGAUCUCAGUCAGGUUGAUAUGGGCUUGGUAGAAGACAAAUUUGAGCGCGCCAUGAGGGAAGCAUACAAUAAAUACUUCCUUUUGGAUCACAAGCUAGAUCAAAAAGCAAGGAGGGUGAUGCUUGCCUUGCCGCCCCGAAUGCCACAACCGCUUAUUUCAAUGAUGUUGGAUGUGCUCUUCGGCAAUUUCCAGGCUCCAAGCAUCACUCUGAUGUCCUCACCUGUCUUAUCGACUGUGGCUGCUGGACUCCGAUCGGCCUUAAUUGUUGAUAUCGGCUGGGCCGAAACAACCGUCACUUCAGUUUGCGAGUAUCGAGAAGUACUGGAAAGACGAACCAUACGAGCUGGCAAGCUACUUAGUGAGGAAAUGGCCAAGCUCCUAAAUGCAGAAAUCGACGACGAGAACGAAUCAGAUGCACCCAAAUCCGAUGUCUCAUUUGAAGAAGCAGACGAAGUCCUCACUCGUGUAGGAUGGUGUAAGCCACGGCCGAAGAAUCGGAAUACAAUGUAUUUCCCUGCUCGAACAUCUCCCAUAUUAGAAGAAUUCGUAGACGCAGUCGAAGCGCCAGAACCCUCAAUUACGAUUCCCUUCCCCCGAGCAACCCCACCAACAGAGGUAGCAGUGGCAUUUACUAAACUAUCGAAACCCGCAGAACGGGCACUCUUCGCAACGCAUCUUGCACUCAAUGAGCUCGACGAGCAUGAAUUGCCCGUCCCUCACGUCAUCUAUCGCGCUUUGCUCGCACUCCCAAUGGAUGUACGUCGAAUUUGCAUGUCCCGUAUCGUCAUCACAGGGGGAGCUUCCAAGUUACCUGGUCUGAAGAGUCGAAUUCUUGCAGAGCUAGACGCAAUGGUACAGCAGCGAGGCUGGGAUCCUGUGCGUUCGUAUGGUUCCGCCCAAGGACAUCACGAUGCGGUGCUUCGACAACGUAGAGAAAACAUCGAACUUCGGAGAGAGGAAGGCGAAGAUAAGAUAUCCGAAUCCUUCAAUCCGGACGGUACGCCUGCGCCUGUACCCGCAGGUCUGCAGGAUCCCGAGAUCGAUGCUAUCGACAAGAAGCUCAAGCACGUCUCACUCCGCGACGGACCUCCUCCAACAUGCUACGUUGGCGGGGAAAUACGCGGUGUAGAGACUCUGGGUCCAUGGGUUGGUGCAAGUUUGGCGACGCAGCUGAGAAUCAAGGGAGUGGUUGAAAUCGACCGGGAACGCUUCUUGAAAGACGGAUUAUCAGGUGCGACGAGGGAGAAGGAAGUGAGUGUUACCCAGCGCCAGAGUAUGGGGCCAGGCCUCAUCGGCGCCAAAGGAGCCAGUGAGAGAGCCAGUUGGACCUUGGGAGUAUGGGCGUAGUGCGCGCUCGUUCACGGCCUGCGUCAGUUACCAUUGAGCAUAGUAUGCAUUUGAGCGGCAUUUAAAUGUUAAGAUACCC